AUGCGCCAUCUCGGCAAAGUUUUGACGGCUUUCGCGGCCUGUGCAGGGCUGGGCGUUGCUGCCCCUUCUUCGUCGGCUCAAAUAAACCCUCGAGAGGUUUCACCACAAUUCCUUCAGCAGCUCACCCUAUACGCCCAGUACGCGGCAGCGGCAUACUGCUCCGCCAACACCAACUCUCCGAAUACGAAGCUCACCUGCUCAGUUGGGAAUUGUCCUCUUGUCGAGGGGGCGAAUACCAAGACUUUGGCCGAGUUUGAAGACGCCGAAGCCUUUGGCGACGUAGCCGGAUUCCUCGCUGUAGAUGAAUCCAACAAGCACAUCGUUCUCUCCUUCCGAGGGACCAGAUCGAUAGAGACCUGGGCUGCCAACGUCCAGUUCGGAAAAGAGGAUGUCGAUGAGCUCUGUGACGGGUGCAAAGUGCAUACCGGCUUCUGGAAGUCAUGGGAGUCGGUAGCUACCGCUACGAUGGAUGGCGUGAAGAAGGCCCUCCAGGCUUAUCCAGGAUUCAAGCUUGCCGUGACCGGGCACAGUUUCGGUGGUGCUGUCGCGACUCUUGCGGCGACUGUGCUGCGGAAUUCGGGAUCUAAGGUUGAGUUGUAUACCUAUGGAGCGCCUCGUGUGGGCAAUGAGGAAUUCGCCGACUAUGUCUCGGGCCAGGGCUCUAAUUUCCGUGUUACUCAUUCCAAUGAUAUCGUUCCUCGCUUGCCGCCUCGUCUGCUCGGGUAUCAUCAGAUCAGUCCUGAGUACUGGAUUCCCGCGGGGAACAAUGAGACUGUUGGGACGGCGGAUAUCGAGAUGAUCAAUGAGGCUGACUCAGAUAUGGGAAAUGCUGGACAGAAGACGCAGAGCAUUGAGGCGCAUAAGUGGUAUACUGAUCAUAUCUAUGAGUGUAAAUAG